AAAACAUCUGUGCAGGAACGUCGAAGUGAUACUGAAUAGUGAAUAGACAGCUGUAAAGUUGUAUCUAAUGGCCUAAUGCUACUCAGACGCGUAUCACUGAUGAAGAGACCGUUUCAUCUGGCAUCAGUGCACGUCGUCUGCAUCAUCAGGCAGGGCAUCGAGGCAUAAAUCUUGCUGCUGCUCUGUCAGAAUCGUUCGGCCCUGGAAAGGCCAAGCUGAACAGUAACCUUUGCAUGAGAUGGGUAGAAUAUUUCUAGAACAUCUAGGUGGAGCCAGGCUGUUCUCCUGCGCAUCCUGUGAUGCCAACUUGACCAACAGGGGCGAGCUGAUCAGCACAAGAUUCACAGGAGCGACAGGGCGGGCUUUCCUUUUUAACAAAGUGGUCAACAUUAAAUGCAGCAAGGUUCAAGACAGAGUCAUGCUUACCGGAAGACAUAUGGUAAGGGAUGUCUCUUGCAAAAAUUGCAGUGCCAAGCUUGGCUGGAUAUAUGAAUUUGCGACAGAAGAAAAUCAAAGGUAUAAGGAAGGGCGAGUCAUUCUCGAGAGGGCCCUCAUCACAGAAAGCGAUGGCAUAGACGAAAGGAUACACGAUGAUUGAAAGAGUCAUCCUCCAAGUUGGGUACUAAAGCCAAAAAAACAAACAAAAAAACUGAAAUUUUGAUAUGGGACAAACAAGGUGCUCAGGGGUUUCUUGUUUUUAACUAGUGUCUUCUUUUCUUACAGCAUAAAUUACUUUUCUAAAAAUUAUGUUAAAAAUAAUAUGACUGAAUUUAUAGAUGUAAGCUGUAAAGAAACGUUCUUCUUUUGUGUUUCGGUUUUGUAUUUGUAUAUUAUUUUUAAUUUCCAAACAGUGGGAAUUUUUUUUAAUACAAAUAUAACGAUUUUCUCUCAAGAAGAGAAAAACAUCAGUACAGGUUUUUUUGUUUUUUUUUUAAAUUAUAUUUCAUAACUUAAUUUAUUUCCGUCCUAAUUACAAUGAGCUUGUGAUCAUCAAAUGAAAAUAAAUCAAAUAAUGAUGUUUUUCCUUUCUUUCAUUGAAAAAUUGUACAUAGUCUUAGAGAUUAAUAAAAAUUAUUAAUAACAAAAUUAAUUUGUAAAAGUGUUCAAUUCAUGCUCUGUAAAUAGUGUCCCUUGCGUCAGAAUGAUUUCAACUGUAUGUAAUUAUGUAUAUUAAGAUGUAUAUUGUUUUAUUUAAAGAAUAUUUUUGCCCCCAGAUUUAUUUAUGUAAAUAAUUUUUUUUUUGACAGCCUAUGCUCAGAAUGAUCAAGUACUCGAAGGUAAACUAUAAGGCAUUAGAUUAAUUUUUAUGCAGUCAAACUGUUCAGCAUCAACUGGGAGUACAGUACCUUCAUUGAUGUUCAUGCGAAGUUUUGAAAACAUUUCAUUGUGACCAUGAAGAAAUCAAUUAUCUAUUGAACAAAUGCCGUCUUUAAGCAUUGCCCUUGUUUUUAUUUAUAUUUUUUUUACUCUUGAUCGGUCAAGUGUAAAAUUAUGUUAUGACCCCUCAUCCAUUAGAAGUUGACUAAACAUCAUGUUUUUUAGACAGCAGCAAAUUGCAGAAGCCUGGAUAAAAGUAAGUAAUGUUAUGAGGGAAAGCUGGGUUUCAACAUGGUGUAUAAAAUAUAGAUGACGACUUUUCCAAUUUUUUAAUUUAAAAUUCACGAAAUAUGAAAGUUUAAUUAAUGUUGAUAAGAAUACCAUGUAGACUGUGUUAAUCCUAAUCCGAGUUUCAAGACAGAAAGGAAUUGAUUAAUUUUUCAUAGUUUACCUUCUGCAAUAAAGUGAGAAUAUGUAUGUUGUAGAGUGAAAUAAAGAAAUGAUGUCAAA